AACAAAAAGCAUAGAUCAGCGCAUCAACAAGCAGAUACGCUGGUCACUGUGUUCGCGUUCAAAAUGAACAACAGACCUGUUGAAAAAGCAUUGGGUACGCUAUUGCCUACCCAUGCCAAUGACCUACCUCAAGAGCUCCUCAGUUUGGCCUUAUCUCUUGUCGCCCAAUCUCGCAGCUUUUCUACUAGCUUAAAGCCGGAGGAAGAAAUCGCCCGCCCCUAUGCCUGUGCCGAGAUCGCGUGUCGAAGGCUAAGUCGGGCACUCAACCUACCCCCUUUAAUGGGACACGCCCCAUGUCCUCCACGCGUCUACAAAAAGCUCUACACAUACCUCGACCGGUCGCUUUCGAACAGUGUAGCUGGAGUGAAACGUUCGAAAAGUGGCUCGGUUUCAGGAAUACCAUCACGCGCUGGAUCCGUUACAUCGACCCCUACAAAAGAUACCAAGCAUACCAGCGCACCUUCGAAGACACCAGCACCGCUGCAAAAACUCCAGAAUACUCCAAGCAAGCCCACGCCGUUGAAGAAAGCAGUUUCGAAUAAGGAAGGCAAAUCGCGUUCUCAAACACCCAAGGCGUCUGAAACCCGCUCUAAUGGCAUUUUCGGUUCUACAAUUAUUCCCGAUGCUCCUGCCUGGGUGAUGACUUCCAUUCGACGCGUUUGUCAAACACUCUCGACCCCAGCCCCACGGACGAGCACCUGGUCGCGGCCUCCCAUCUCGAGAUCAUUGCCGCCUCAUAUAUUCGCGGGCGUAUCCUCAAUCCUGUACUUUAUUUCUCAGAGCAACGGUGAGGGUGAUCUUGAUGAAGAGACGGCGGACUUCGUGGAGCCUAUCUUGUUGACGAAGGAUAAAGAAAAAGAUGAAGACUUCAAAGAAAUGGUCAAUGCUCUGAUCGUGGCCGUGUAUUUCUUAGCCCUCGCUCGCAGACGGGGCUCUUCAUCUGAAGACGGAGGAGAGACAAAGAAGCUCGACAAAAAGACCUUCUCCGAAAUGCGCCAGACCGCACUCGUCAGCCUGGGUCUUCCUUCCACCGAGAGAAGACAUCGUGAAGAUGUCGAUCAGUGGAUCGCGGUGAUCAUGCAGCAGGCUUGGGCCAAUGAGAAGGAAUGGUUCGAAAAUAUUCCGCAGGCCGGCGAAUUAGACGGCGAUGAUGCGUAUCUUUCCGACGAAGAUGGUGAAGAUGAGGGCAGAGUCAAGAAUGCAAAACGACAAAAGACAAAGUCAUCGAAUCAUUCGCUCCUAGCCAAACAGUCAUCAAGGAAAGGGCUUCUCCCUGGUCUUGGUACCAUGAUGCAGGAUCGCGUCGAUUGGCUAAGUGACGAUCGUAAGGAAGACUUCCUUGAAUGGAAGGCAACGGUAUUGGCGCGAAUCGAGCAAAUGGAAAAAGUUGUCUCGCAGCAUUCCGGCGCCUUACCCACCACCGUAUGAUAGCAUCUCUUCCAGGCUACUGUUUCUGAACAUUCUUUCUACUGAAGGGGAUUUAUAUUCCAUACCAAUAACCUCUUUUCAAAUAUUCUUGGAUCACUCCGCGACUUUACACCUACACUUUACACACCUUGAAUACCUUCCAAUUGCCUGCUUAGCUCAGCCUCGAGCCGGCUUCCUUUUAGUGGGUAUCGCCAAUGAGCCCGGGUUGCUAC